GAUAAAAACCCAGUUUGUUCGGGAAAUUGGAAUCCCAUGUCGAUCGCGAGAAACGCACACUUUGCUGCUUCUUCCUCUCUUCCUUGGCAAUUCAGGAGACAAGAACUGAAAUCAGUAGAUCCAGAGGCGAAACAGAGUGGUACUGCGGCCUGUUGAGCUGAUAAUAUAGAUCUGAGCUUGGCGCUUCUUCAAUUACGUAGAUCUCUUUGGUAUGCAUCCGUUGGCAUUGGAAGCCUGAGAUUUAGAUUGAAUUCGGAUUCUGCUGUGAUUGAUCCGAACACCGGUGCUUGUACAAUUUGAUAAGUUCGUGUGGCUGACUGAAACUUCGGUUUCUAGGUGGUGAAGUCGAACUCUCGUGUGCGGUGGUAUCUUCGUUCGUCGUUCUAUCAAUCAAGAUGGUUGUGCUUGCAGCUUCUAUUGUAACCAAGUCUGGGAAAGUUCUUGUCUCUAGGCAGUUUGUGGACAUGUCUCGUAUACGGAUUGAAGGUCUUCUGGCUGCAUUCCCCAAGUUGGUGGGUACGGGAAAGCAGCAUACAUAUGUUGAGACUGAGAAUGUGCGCUAUGUGUACCAGCCAAUAGAGCUUAUGUACUUACUGCUCGUGACAAAUAAGCAGAGCAACAUUCUUGAAGAUCUAGAGACUCUUCGGCUCCUCUCUAAGCUGGUACCCGAGUAUGCUAUGUCUCUUGAUGAAGAGGGUAUUUGCAAGACAGCUUUCGAGUUGAUUUUUGCCUUUGAUGAGGUCAUCUCCCUUGGGCACAAGGACAAUGUAACUGUUGCCCAGGUGAAGCAGUACUGUGAGAUGGAGAGUCAUGAAGAGAAAUUGCAUAAGCUAGUAAUGCAGAGCAAGAUCAAUGAAACCAAGGAUGUCAUGAAGCGAAAAGCUAGUGAAAUUGACAAAAGCAAGCUUGAAAAGAAUAGGGGCGAGAAGGGAGGGUUCAUGUCAUUACAAUCAAUGGGCUCUGGAAGAAUCGAGAGUAGCUUCAAUGAUAUGAAUCUUUCUAGCAGUGGAAGUGGCUUUGGAAGUGGUUCUGGGUUUGGAUUGAACACUGAUGUCGACUCGUUCUCCAGCAAGUCAAAAGGUUUGUUCUGCAUCUUGUGCUACUUGUGUGACUUUAUUGGUUAUCUUGUCUUUAGGUUGGCUGAUCAUUGUGAGUUGUGUUUGUAAGUUGCUGUUUUCUGAACAGGAGUGGUUUCCUAUUGUUUCACUUUCCUUUCAAAACUUUAUGUGGUUGAUGCUACUUGUGCUGCUAAUUUAAUUUUGCUGUUUAGUUAGUUUGACUCAUUUACUGGGCGGAACAUUUCUCAACACUUUGCUUGGUGAUGCCAGGUCGUCCACCUUCAUCUGCUACUGCACCUGCUAAAGGUCUUGGCAUGCAACUUGGUAAAACUCAAAGGACAAACCAGUUCUUGGAGUCUUUGAAGGCAGAAGGUGAAGUCAUCAAUGAAGAAGUGCAACCAAGUGCAGGUCAAGUAAGAACCGUUGCUGCACCACUAACUGACCCAAUCACUCUUAAUGUGGAGGAGAAGCUGAAUGUCACUCUGAAACGGGAUGGUGGAAUAAGCAACUUUGAUGUUCAAGGGCAAUUGUCACUUCAGAUUCUUAACCAGGAAGAUGGGCUGAUCCAAGUUCAGAUUGAAACCAGCCGGAACCAAGGCGUCAUUUUCAAGACUCACCCUAACAUGAACAAGGAACUAUUUGCAAAUGAGAAUAUUCUGGGCUUGAAGGACCCAAAUAGGCCUUUUCCUACUGGUCAAACUGGUGAUGCUGCUGGCGUUGGUCUUUUGAAGUGGAGAAUGCAAAGUGGAGAUGAGUCAAUGGUGCCACUAAUAAUCAACUGCUGGCCCUCUGUGUCCGGAAACGAGACAUAUGUCAGCAUUGAAUAUGAAUCUUCGUCCAUGUUCGAUCUGCAGAAUGUGUUCAUCUCAGUUCCUCUUCCAGCUCUAAGAGAGGCACCACGUGUUAGGCAGGUCGAUGGCGAGUGGAGGUUUGAUUCCCGAAAUUCUGUUUUGGAAUGGUCUAUUCUUCUUAUCGAUAACUCGAACCGCAGCGGAUCAAUGGAGUUUGUUGUACCUCCAGCAGAUACGUCAGCUUUCUUCCCCAUUUCUGUCCGAUUCUCAGCUGCUAGUACAUACAGUGACGUGAAGGUUGCCACUGUCAUUCCUCUCAGAGGCGGAGCUCCUCCAAAAUUCUCCCAGAGGACGCAGUUGGUUACAGAGAAUUACCAAGUAGUCUGAUAACUUCAGUCCGUCUCAUUGAGUCGAAUAGCCUUUUUUUUAUAAUUUUCGGCUUUUAGAUGAUGCAUUCGUCGAGUAUUGAAAGCUGGAGGAGUGGGGUGAAAGAGACGUUUAUAUAAUCCGUAAGAUUCAUUUGUCAAUUUUGAGAAUUCUGAGAUCUGGUGCCUCUUGUGUUCGUUUUUUGUUCCCGGUUGUACAAAUAGUUUCAUGGUGGUAGGCUUCUUCUCCAUCAUCUUCAGAACAUCGUCAAUUGUUAUGUACCUUGGGUCCUCAUAUAUUUUACUAAGAUCAUUAAUCAAGCUGCUUGUAGAAUGAUAAUGACUAAGAAUCUAAGAUCAUUGCUCGAAUCCCAAGUGGGUAGGGAUUGGAUAGAGACUGUCUUUGAUCUUACUAGUUGGCAACUUAAUGAAAGCUUGUUUUACCAA